AGCACUUGAUUCUAAACUUCAGUGAGCUAAACUAUUUCGUACAAAAUAGGAUCUUCUUUAUAAAUCCCAAAAUGUUAUACAAUGUCAUCGUUUUCGCAGUUGCCGUCUCGGCCGCUGCCGGAUACGACAUUGUUUAUGUCGAAAGUCCUAACGAAGAAUUGAACGGGGAUGAGUUCAUGGUUGGCCAAUUUUUUCAAGGUACACAAGAGACGCCGGAGGGGAGUGUUGUAUACGAGAAAGCGGGCGGUCAAUUCGGCAGGAAUAACUAUUUACCAGAUGGAUCUAACAUUGCCCACCAUACGUUCGUAGAGUACGGUCAAUCUACGGGGGAUGAGCUUCCUCCGCUUCUAUCAAGCGGAUUCCCGAUAAAUAACUUCCAACCACCGCCAGUGAGAAACCAUUUUCUCACAGCACACGACGGUCGAUCUACGGGGGAUGGGCUUCUAUCAAGCGGAUUCCCGAUAAGUAACUUCCAACCACCGCCAGUGAGAAACCAUUUUCUCACAGAACACGACGGUCGAUCUACGGGGCAUGAGCGUCUCCCAAGCAAAUCCGACAUAAAUAACAUCCAACCGCCGCAAGUGAGAAGAAGAAUUCGCACAGAACACAACCAGCAACCUAGCGGAAGUGGGCUCUCACCGAAAAAUUCCAAAAUCGGUAACAGCCAACUAGCGCCGGACGGAAGCCUUAUUCUCAGAAAUCUGAACGUUCCACUCAACGAGACUCCCGGUGAACGAAAGAUAAUCGCUCUUGACCCGGUAUCUGACGAAAUCUAUUUGAUGGAAGAAAAUAACGGUCAAUCCCAGAAGGAUUCUUCACCGGACAAAUCCAGCAGGAACCUCUUUUUAGCCAAAUUUCGAAACAAUCAACCCCAAGGAACAGGGUCCUCACCACACGGAUCAGACAGAGGAAGCGAAUCUAGUAAUUCAAGCAAGGCAGGUGGCGCUCAACCGGCAGAGGAGGAAUACCUUUUAGUCGAAAAAGAGAGCGAUCCAUCGACCAGGAGUGAGAGCUUACCAGCCGGAUCCCAACAGGAUACUAAUCAACUGUCAAAGGGGGAAAAUAUGUUAAUGGAGAAAGCGUCAAAAGCAGUGAACGAGAGCAUACUUCCGAACGAUGCGCAUUGUCGACCUGGCGAAAAAUUUCCGUAUUACUGCAAUAACUGUACCUGCAAUGCAUCUGGCAAAGGCGCCGCUUGCACUAGGAAGUUAUGUCCUAUCGGUGCUUUCAACCCAGACGGUUCCCUAAAAGUUAAAACUAAACCAAGCCAGACGUAUGCUACGGUGAAGUACGUUCAAACCCACGAAAAUUGGACAUCAGCAAACAGAUCUGAGAUACCGCCGCAAUCAAUUGUGAGACAUGGUUAUUUCACCGAGGAGCACACUGCAGCAGACGGAUCCAAGAGAAAGGAGCAUACGGUUAUGGGAUAUGUCCACAACAAUGGAAAAUCCGGCUUCACUAAGGGCUCCGGCAGCCAGCCGCAAAGGGCAGUGGAACACGUCCAAACCACCAAAAGUUCGGUUAGCUCAGCCAACAGAUUCCUGGAGAAUCCUUACCUCAUUGUGAAUCGCUUUGACCCCGUGCCAGUUCAAGGAUUUCCGGGCCUAUCUAUUCUAGGAAAAAUUCAAUCCAGCGGGAAACUGAUCUCAACUAAAGAAUAUGACAAUCAUCGCUAUAGGAGUCUAGGAACCGCUCAUGUCCCGAGGCCGGUCUCAGCACGCGGAUCGGCAAGUCGACAAGACUAGUCUGCAUGGGACAUGUCUCCUAUUCAGCAUGCGCGGCGUGUGGUAUCGUCCACACAACAUAGAAGGAGAGAACCUCAAAAUGAUAUGGCACAAGAACUCUGAUAAGACACAGAAAAGUCCUUUGCCAACUGUAGCAUAGCUAUACUUACUACCCAUAAAUCUUUGUCGUACCGUUGGCAAAAUUGAACUUCACUCAUCAGGACAACAUUUGCGAACUUCAUUACGCAACUUCUUUUAAACAUUGUGUAUAACAAAAGGAGAUUUGUCAAAGAUUUGUAAAUCUAUUGAAAUAAAUGAUUGGUAUUAUCCUGGAAAAGUAAA